GUCAAAUAGCUGGAUGGGUGGUACUUUUGCGCUUCGAACGUUGAGGGAGGAUGAAGAGUUUUGCUGGGGUGACGUGGGUGGCACUGGAGCUGACCUUCCUCCUGCUACUGCUUGUUCUUGGGAAGGCACAGCGAGCUCAGCGGAUCAAUUGUGGCGGGAACUUCGCUUUCACCGACGCUUAUGGGCGCUUCUGGUCAUCCGACAGCAACUCGACAUCUGGUGAUAUUAAUAGCCUGGGACCGACAAGCAUAGCGGCGGCCGCCAAUGCUACUGAGUCUGCUGUAUCAAUCUAUGCGACAUGGAAGGAGUUCAAUUCCAAUUACGGUGGUUAUUACUUCUUCUCCAUCCUCGCGGGAAAUUAUUAUAUGGUGAGACUGCAUUUUGCUCGUUUGCCUGCAAGUUACCCCGUCGCGGCGUUCAGCGUGACGCUGGGGGUGGAUCCGGUGGUAGAGGUAAGGCUGGAGGCAGCAACAGCAGAGGAGGGAGGGGGGGGAGGAGGGGGGGGAGGAGGAGGGGGGGAAUUGAACUGGCGACCUGUCGUGGAAGAAUUCAUCCUCUUUGCAUGGACGGGCAUCUUGCGCGUGGGUUUUCUGCCGAGUGGUGGUCCCGCUCGCAUCAGCGCCAUCGAAGUGCUCCCGCUAUCGAACGGAUCCAAUCCGCUGAUGCAGAUGGGAGAGCUGGGGCAGGAUGUGGUCCUCAGAAUGGAUGGGCGGUACAACUGUGGGGGACCACCACUCAUUGCCAACGACCGUCAGAUGUAUGAGUGGAUGGACGAAAGCGGAGCACUUGUUGAUCCCUCUGGAAGCACUAAUGACACCCUGUCGCCCACUUCUCUUGCCCAGCCGCCUGCCACAGCUUAUCGGUGGGUGACUCAGGAGGUGUGGGCCACGAGAAGGCUCGCCAACUACGGAGUAAUGCUGUCCUAUGAUUUGCAGGGGGUGCGGACGGCUGUGAAGUAUGUGGUGGUCCUGCAUAACUACCAUGGGGCUGUCAAUUUCGCUCAAACGUUUAAUGUCAGCAUUGAUGGGAUGGUGAUUCAAAGCGUGAAUGUGACGACGCCCACAUCAAGCCAUUUUUUCCGUACAAGGCAACCGACGAAUAUAUCGCUGACGUCGCUUUCCAGCCAGUGGCAGGCGUACUUGAAUGGGCUGGAGGUUUACGCUCUUCUUCCUGGCGUCGGGCUCACACUGCAAGAGGAUGUGAGCGCCCUGCAGGACAUCUCGCAGCAUUUUGAGCUAGGAUUAGAGACAGAUCCCUGCUUAAGCCCUCGUCCAGCCUUCAUCACCUGCAGCACAGAGUACAAUACCAGUCGUAGAAUCGUCUCUUUGGAUUUGAGCGGGAAGGGGUACCAGGGAAGCAUACCCCAAGCGAUCGGGAACUUGACGGGUCUGGAGAGAUUGAAUCUAUCAGGUAACCAAUUCAACGGCAGUAUACCAGAUGAGCUAAAAAUGUUGGUGAACGUGAAUGACCUUGAUCUAAGCAACAACAACCUGACGGGUAACAUCCCGCCUUGGUUGGGAGAUCUUCCCAAACUCAGGACAGUGAAGCUGGACAACAAUUCAUUUACCGGAAAGGUGCCAGAUGGGCUGACGAACGGCAACAGAAGUGUGACAUACGAAGGGAAUCCUGGCUUGUGCGACAUUCUGGGGGGGCCACCAUGUCGAAAGCCACCAGGGCCACGGCCACCAUUCAUGGAUUCCCCGCCAGAGGGGAAAUCAAAAUGGCCGAUAGACAAACAAGAGAGUAAAAAGCCAAUCAGCCCAAUGAUACUGUCGAUUCUCUUGGUUGCACUGGGAGUGCCAAUGUUUAUGUUGAUUGUUUGUGCAACAGCAUUCUUGUACUACAAAAUCCGCAAAUUCAAGAAGGCAGCAUAUAUGGAGGCCCCUAGUCGGGUGUCAGCGACUGCAACAGGGCUGGAGCUAGGGGUUUCUGUAGGGGUCUCUGCAGUUGCCCAUGCUGGUGUGGUUAGUCGUUCCCGAGGAACUUCCGGACUUCGAGCUGGAGAAGACGGCGGCGAGAGAUCUCCGGCGAGAGGAAAGGAGUUGAGAUACGGGGCAAGAGGAAAAGAAUCGACAACUACCAAGCGGUCAGCAAAAGGAGAGGGCACGCUGGUUGGAUUGCAGGGAGAGAAGAGGAGUAGAAGCCCAAGAAGAGAUAAAUUUGCUGUUGGCAGACCGACGCUUCAUGUCUUCAAAAGCAAGGAGCUGGAGAUGAUUACAAAGCUCUUUUCAACCCGGAUUGGUGCAGGGGGAUUUGGGUGGGUGUACAAAGGGCUACUUGAUAAUGAGAUGGAAGUCGCUGUGAAGGUUCUUGCCAGUGACUCCCGACAGGGGAUGAUGGAGUUUAAAAAGGAUCGCACUGUCACACAUGAGCUGAACUUUUAUAUCAUGGACAAGUGUUCGUUCGACGCGGUCAUUGGUUUGGGUUGGUUAAAGGCUCAUUGUCUAAGGACCACGUGGGUGGAUAAUCAGUUCGUGGUGCGUGAUGCCAAGGGGAACGAGCGUACCAUUCUAUUGGACGAGACGCGCGAGUUUGUUGUUGUUUAUCUCGAUGACAUCCUGAUUUUCAGCAAGUCCAUGGAAGAGCACGUCAAGCACCUUGAGGAGGUUUUGCAGGUCCUCAAGGAGGCACAACUGCACCCCAACUUGGAGAAAUCUGAGUUUGGUAGGGACAGCGUCAUCUAUCUUGGGCACCGGUUGUCUACAAAUGGCCUUGAGCCGGAGGCAACCAAGGUUGAGGUCGUCCGAAAGUGGCCUCAACCAGCGAACGUACGCGAACUGCGUUCUUUUCUUGGUUUGGCCUUAUAUUAUCGGAAGUUUGUGCGCAAAUUUUCUGUCAUUGCUCACCCACUCUCGAGACUCACAAGUAAGAAUGUUGCCUAUGCGUGGUGUGAGAAAUGUGAGACUGCGUUCCAAGCCUUGAAAGAGGCGUUGGUGAGUCAUCCUGUGCUCCGCAUUGCGGAUCCCAACCUCACGUUCGUGGUUACUACGAAUGCGAGCCAGUUUGGGAUUGGUGCAGUGCUGCAACAAGAUGAUGGCGAUGGCCUGCGUCCGUUCGAAUAUUACAGCAAACACAUGCCCAACCACAAGGUAGCUACCUCCACAUACAUGCGUGAGCUCUACGCCCUGCGCGAGGCGCUCACACAUUGGAAGCACUACCUCUUGGGUCGUCACUUCAAGGUCUACUCAAAUCAUCAAACCUUGCAGUGGAUUAAGACACAAACUGACCUCUGCCCGAUGCUGACCCGCUGGUUGCAUGACAUUGAUGUGUACAAUUUUGAAUUGAAGCAUAAGAAAGGCUGUUAUAAUCGUAUUGCUGAUGCUUUGUGGCGUCACCCAGAGUUUUUGACUUGGCUUGUGGGUUCGUAUGACCUCCGAAGGCUACUGAAGGAGGAUCUGGUCGAACACACCGCCAAGGAUCCGGACCUUAGUCCCAUCCUUGAGCAGCUCAAGGCUGACCCUAGCAGUCAGCCUGAUUUUCAUGAAUGCGAGUGUCUUGUAUUCCGUCGGUAUGGGAAGUUUGAUCAUUUGUGUGUACCCAACCAUGCGCCUCUUCGGACUCAUUUCUUGGAUUUGGCACAUGGUCGGAGUGGACACUUCGGCUUUGAGAAGACUUAUGGAAGCCUUUUGCAACAGUUUGAUUGGCCGGGAAUGAAGGUAUCUGCUCAGAAAUUUAUUGCUGAAUGUCAAGUCUGUCAAAGAACCAAGGUCCAUAGGCAUAAGCCGUAUGGCCUGCUGAAACCCCUCCCAAUUCCUCAUGGGCCCGGUGAGUUGGUCUCUAUCGAUUUCACGGACAUGGGGAAGUAUGGACCCCCGAAAACCCUUGUGAGUGAUCGGGACACCAGGUUCAUUAGCGCAGAUUGGAAGGACUUCACUUCACAGAUCUAUGACAUUAAACUGAACAAGACUUUUGGUCGACACCCCGAAGCCAAUGGACUGGCCGAGGAAAUCAACCAGACUGUUAUUCAACUAUUGCACGCAUUAAUUGUUAUAGAUCAGAACACAUGGGACAAGGAGUUAUACAAAGUGAAGGGGUUGUACAACUCCUCCAUUCACUCCGCAACUGGCGUGACACCAAAUCAGCUACAAUAUGGUUGGCAGUUGCGCAAUCCUCUCUCCUAUCUGUUCCCCGAACGGUCACCUGGUCUGACGCCCGGCACGCCUGGCUAUAAUGCCAAGUAUGCACGCUUGCUCAAAGCUGCUAUCACAGCAAUGAACAAGCGUCAGCAUGCCAUGAUCAAAUAUGCUAACAAGUCGCGCAAAGAAUUGAACUUCAAAGUAGGGGAUUAUGUCUGGGUCAAAAUGUCUGAGUUUUCUGAUGAAGAGGGCGUAUCACGAAAGCUUCUUCCAUUGUACUAUGGCCCUUGGCAGGUUCUGAAGGUGAUUGGGGAUGAUUUUGGUCCUUCGUAUGUGAUUGACGUGCCUCCUCAUCUGCGCACGUAUCCGGUCUUUCAUGCAUCCAAACUGUUUCCGCACAUCGAUGAUGAAAUGUUUCCCUUCCGAGAUCCUAUGAUACCUCGUCCUAUCGACGGCGGCCAUGAGAUAGACAGAAUCGUUUCCCAUGAAGGUAUAAAGGCAGAGCUGAACUUACUUCCAUGGCGGCAGAGGCUGAUUAUUGCACUCGAUGUUGCAAGUGUUAUCAAUCAUUUGCACAAUGAGAUUAGACCUGCUGUCAUACAUAGGGAUUUGAAGUCCUCGAACAUUCUCUUAGAUGAGAAUUUCCAAGCAAAGGUGGGAGAUUUUGGAUUCUCCAAGGUUCUGGAUGAUGUUACAGGUGUGCAAACAGGAAUCAAGGGGACUGCAGGUUACCUCGAUCCUGAGUAUUUCAUUUCACGAAAGCUUACUGAGAAAAGCGACGUCUACAGCUUCGGUGUGGUGCUGUUGGAGCUUGUCUCAGGACGUAGGCCUGUGGAUCCAAAUCAAGCACCGCAAGUGCGUGUCAGUAUUGUUGAUUCGGUGCGGCAUCAUCUUGAACAAGGGAAUAUUGAUGCAGUCAUCGAUCCACGAAUAAGAGAGACGGGUUUCCAUGUGGAGUCUGUGUGGAGGAUAGCAGAAUGUGCAAUGGCUUGCUGUGAACCAUAUGCGAUCAAUCGACCGACUAUAAAGUCUGUGGUGAGCUAUAUUCAAGAUGCGAUGGAUGCUGAAGUCCGGUCUUCUACGGCUGGCAGUGAAAUCCUCACCCCUCGUUUGAGUCCGCAGGCUACCAUCCCUGUUCCUGAAUCAAGAGCUUUGCCAGAUGGACAACUGAGGGUGGAGGAUCCACACCGUUCAAAUGACUGGAACAAAGGUCGGCUCCAGAGGCCAAGGUCGCCGGUUCGAAUCCGUGCUCUCACAGAGGACGACUUUGACUCGGAUGUACGGAUCGAUGAACCACUUUGGGGAAGAAGAUCUGCACCGUUCAGAAGAAGAGUGGACCAAAGGUUGGCUCCUGAGGGCCAAGGUCGCCGGAUCCAAUCUGCGUUCGCACGGAGGACGACUUUGGCGCGUAUGUACGGACGGAUCUAUGAACGACAUUGGGGAAGAGGAUCUGAACCAUUCAGAAGAGUAGAAGACCGCUGGGGGAAGAGGACCGGCACCGUUCAGGAGAGUAGAAGGAUCCGCCGCGUUGAAAAGAGUGGAACACAGGUUAGCGAAGAUUGGAUCGCAGCUGGGGGAAGAGGAUCUGCGUCAUUGAAAAGAGGGGAAUGCAGGUGAGGGAGGAGAGUCUGGACCAUGCAAAAGACGGGAAGAACUCAGGUUAGCGAAGAGGAAGAGGAUGUGCACUGUUCAGAAGAGUAGAACGUACGAGGGGGAAGAGGAUCUGUGCUGUAAACAAGAGUACAAGGCAGCAGCUCCGAGACGUGGUGGUGCAGGGCACCGCAGGCACCAUUCUCUCUCCCCUAGUAAAUCACAGCAAUGGUAGGAAAUGGGUAUUAUAGUAUAUAUACUGUGUAUAGAUAUAUACAUAUGGCAGCUGUACUGGCUCGCCCAAAAUAGCCAUGUACCUUUUCCUGGAUAUUGGGAAGGGGAGAUGGGAGAUGCAUUGUCUGAGUACAGAUUGCAGUGGCCUCUCGACUUGAUGUGAGGCUCCUUUAAAGCCCAGAGGAGGAGGGAUGGUGAUAGGUGGGUGGAGGUAGGCAGCAGCGGUAUCGACUGACUUCAGUGGCGAAGCAUCUUCUUCUUUACUGAAUAAGGGAAGAGGUUGCAUCGGUAGAAGAAUCGGUGAAAGAAUCGGUAGAACAAUCGGUAGAACAAUCGGCAGAACAAUCGGUAGAGCAAUCGGUAGCACAAUCGGUAGAACAAUCGGUCGAAGAAGAGGACAGAGCAACCUUGCAUCGGUAGAAGAAUCGGUGAAAGAGUCGGUAGAACAAUCGGUAGAACAAUCGGUAGAACAAUCAGUAGAACAGUCGGUAGAAGAAGAGGACAGAGCAACCUUGAAACUCACCAUUGCGGCCUCUCUUGCCAAAUGAAGCCUGGUGUCUGUAGGGUAGGCCCGUCUGCCCAGACGUACUGUCCGCACAUAUAGACAUUGCUAGUGCUGAAUGUUGCCCCUUUUGAAGUCGGAUACAUCUAGGAAAGCGCGAGGGUGAGUCCGCUUAGUGUCGGAGGGAGGACUGCGGAGAAUGAGGUAAGUCAGGCAAGCAAGAUCUCUAAUCUGUCUCGCAGUAAUAUGUCGUGGAUUCGAAAAUUCAAAAUUGUGGUUUUUAACUUUUUAGGAGUUGGAAGUGAAGGAGUCAAUCCACGUACUGUCGGACGGAGGACUGCGGGGAAUGAGGGGGGGAGUUGUCAGAAGAGUGUUUCGUGAAUCCUCUUGAAAAUAGGAGGGGUCUUCGCCCGCCUUUAACCAAGGAAAAUUUUGAGGAUCUGUGCUGGCGGAUAAUUUUUGAGCGACUCUCCGUUGUCUGUGCUUUCAGGAGUGGGGUGGACUGAAGGCCUACAGGAAAAUUCUUCUUGUGAAAGCAUCCGAUCAAGAGUGAAGACCGAGUUGAGUUGUGAUUACCACUUGCAUGUAAUUAAUACCUGAAGCAACGCAACUUGUCGAGACGGAACACAUAGGUCUGGUCAGUCGUGGAGCUGAUCCUGAUCGGGGUCAUGUGUGAUAACUUGUAAGGUUGGUGACAGCACCAGAAGAAGCGUCGACGAUUUGUCGAUCUUUCAGGCGGGCAAGCAGGUAUCGUCAACUACUGUCUAUACCCAAGUAGAACUCACGGAGAAUACGUACGUCUCCUGUGUGACGUGAAAGUUCCCAUAAUAUACAGCUAGGAAGAUAAAUGUGUCGUAUUUGGGGCAAGAUGGUUGUGACGGUAAAUGUGGCUCCAGGUUUUGGGGUAGAGAGUUACCUCGCCCGGGAGCCUAGCACUUUUGAAACAGAGCAAGGUGCAAUGUGCAAGGUGCGCUGUGUUUGACUCACUGGCAGCUGCAAGUACCCGCCGCCGUGAAUAUGUGGGAGCUGACGAGAUGGAUGGCAUUCAAUAUGUGGCAUUCAAUUGCUGAGGGUGAUUCACAGCCCAUUCUCGUAUGUAUCCCAGGUAAGGAAACGUAAUGAAGGUGGUGGCCUUGC